AUGUUGGAAAUUGAUAUUUGCAACACUAUAAAGUCGAAGCUUAAUAAUUUAUCAUUGAUGCUAAUCUUUCAUAUAAAGAAUAAUAACAAAGAAAAUUUACUAGUAAACUUGGAUAUUUAUUUUUGUAUUUUAUUAUUAAAAAUGUGGAAUAUCUUUGGCAACUUAUAUAAAAAAUUCACCAGUCCAUAUACUGAAGCCUAA